UUUCUAUUAGGUCACAGGCCUGUCAUGUAACUGUAGCCAUGCCCCCAGCACACAGCCACUUCCUGGACCUCCUGUUAUCAGCACUGUUUAGAUGCCCGGGAGAAGAAAGCAGUCUCAAUUAACAAACUAUGUUGAUUAACUACCGUGCAGGCCAAAGGGGUGCUUCUGAUACUUGGCUGAUGUGGAUUUGUCACCUUGGGAUUACCAGUCUAUCAUUUCUAAUUCUUAUCAUCACUUUACCAAUAUCCAUCUGGUGGUUCCUAAAGAUAGUGCCUGAUUAUGAGAGGGUAGUGAUAUUUCGGCUUGGCCGGGUGCGCCCAGCUAGAGGUCCUGGACUUGUCCUGCUUCUCCCUCUUAUUGACCAGUUUAAGAGAAUAGAUAUGAGAAUAAGAGCAUUCAGCAUACACCCAUGUAAGGUGAAGUCCCGGGAUGAUGUGCCAGUGUCCAUGGGUGCAGAUGUUCAGUUUAGAGUAUGUGACCCCAUCUUGUCUGUACUAUCUGUCCAGGAUCUUAACUUUGUAACGCAGCACACGGCAGAGAACCUGCUGGCACAAAGCCUGGGACGCAAAUACCUCCGAGAGAUUCAUGGUGACCGGGUGCGGAUAGGAGAACAUCUCAAGGAGGAUAUCAACGAGCAGGUGAAGCCGUGGGGGGUUUGCGUUGAACGUGUAGAGCUGUCGCUGGAAGCUGUCCUUCGAUCUCAUGAAGAAAAUGUGAAUGUUUCCCUAACCCCACAAGCUAUCACUCCGACUGGUGGAUUUGAGCAGCUGAUCAUGCAAUUUUUCUCAAUGGUCCAGGAUAGUUCAACAACACAUAACACUCUAUCUGCAGAUCUCUCAUUACAGCAACUGUUAUCUCGGUUAGAAGGAGUCCUGUCAGAGUCUUUGGUGUCUGAAGUUGGUUCCACGUAUCAGCUAUAUGUGACUCUAAGUGGUGGAGAGCAAGCUGCAUAUUUGCUCGAUCUAAAAUCCGGUUCUGGCCGUUGUGGUUGGGGAGUUCUCUCCUGUCCCGCUGAUGUUACACUAGAGAUUACAGAAGAUGAUCUCCUGUCUCUCAUUAAGGGAGAGUUGAAUCCCCUGAUGGCAUACACAACAGGUCGCUUGCGUGUGGUGGGGAACUUGCAGACUGCUCUUCGACUACAGAAGGUCCUGCGGAUGAUAAUGAGGACAUAAUAAUUAGGUUCUGUAAAACAGUGAUUUAGGAUACCACAAAUAGGUUGAACUCGAUGGACAAAUUGUCUUAUUUCAACCUUAGAUACUAUGUUAAUUACACAUAAAACUAUGUCAGGCUAAGCCCCAUGUUCAGGGUUCUUAGUUAAUAGAUCCAGACCAAGGGAAUUUGCACUAAAAGGGGUGGAAUAAAGAUAUUCCUUCCUGACUCCAUACUUUGGGGGCAUCCAAUUAGACCCGAACAUUUUUCGGCUGCUAAAAAAGGGGAUAUUUGUGAUUUGUUCUCUUUAGGGUCAAUUUUUUUUUCUUCAGGCUACUCAGGUAGUACAGUUUUUUUCUGUCCGAACAAUGUUUUAAUUUUUUGCGAAAAGUCGUGGAGCUAUGUAUUAUCGCAGAUGCAAUUGUGAUAAAAAUGCCUUAUUAUCAGGGAUUUGGUUACGCCUGCCUGAGGCAACAAAAUCCCCGAACAGUGCCUGCUGUGGGGCUAAUUGAAUAGCCCCGGGGGAAGUAAUUAGCCACAGUAAAUUACCGUGGCUAAUUGGAUAUCACCUUUAGAGUUGGACUACUCCCAGGAUAUUAGCAUUCUGCUUUUAUGGCAUGAAUAUUUAUCUAAAUAUUUUUCUUACUUUCUUGUGAAUACAUAAUGUGACAUGUUUUAAUGUAGUAUGUAGGCUUCCGGUUUCUAGGCAUCUUGUGCAGACACAUGUAAGAAGUAAUGUAACAGUUGAGCUUGCAGCAGCUGCAGUGGGCCCAGGCCUUCCCCCUUCAGAUCUUUAAAAAGUCAGUACACUCAAAGUAAUAUGUAAGUGAUUAGUGCUUACACUCCAUUACCAGAUAAGACGGCCAUGAAGAGGAGGGAAGUAUAUUGAUAAGGGUGGUCAUUCCGAGUUGAUCGCUCGCUAGCAGUUUGUAGCAGUCAUGCAAACGGUAUGCUGCCGCCCACUGGGAGUGUAUUUUAGCUUAGCAGAAGUGCGAACGAAAGGAUCGCAGUGCGUCUACAAAGUUGUUGUUUUUUGUGCAGUUUCAGAGUAGCUCAAAACCUACUCAGCGCUUGCGAUCACUUCAGACUGUUCAGUUCCUGUUUUGACGUAACAAACCCGCCCUGCGUUCGCCUAGCCACGCCUGCGUUUUUCCUGGCACGCCUGCGUUUUUAUGAACACUCCCUGGAAACGGUCCGUUGACACCCAGAAAUGCCCACUUCAUGUCAAUCAUUCUGCGCCACCAGUGCGACUGAAAUGCUUCACUAAACCCUGUGCAAAACUACAUCGUUCGUUGUGCCCGUACGACGCGCGUGCGCAUUGCGCCGCAUGCGCAGAACUGCCGGUUUUAAGCCUGAUCGCUGCGAACAAAUGCAGCUAGUGAUCAACUCGGAAUGACCACCUAGGUGAAGAAGGCUGAUUUUGCUCUCUUGCCAGCCAUCAUAGCUCUGAUCUUUAACAUGCUCUGAUCUUUAACUUGCUGAUCUUUAACAUAUGUUUAGAUCCAGUUCACAAAUGAUCCAUUAUUUCUGUUUAUUAGAAUGUAUAGCUACUUUGCAGGGUCCCCAUUUUACUGUUUUGUUUAUAAGCAUGUCACUCUUUGGGACAUAGAGGAUGAUGCGUGCAUGAGGGCAUUGGUGGAGCAUUGGGUCUGUAUCUUACCACUGCAUGUAAGGCAUGGUCAUAAGGUAUGGUAAGGUUUCUACACGUCACUGGAGAUCUCCACUUUAUGCAGGGCUAUAGUGGACUGCGACAUUUACAUAUAUAUGAAGGAUGUUAUUUAAGGUAGCAGUUGAUUAACCGACGGACACAAUACCAACGGUCAUAAUCCCGACAGCCAUUGAUCUACAGUCAAAAUACUGACACGGUCAAAAUUCCGACAAUCAUUAUGCCGACAUGUUCAAAAUACCGACAUAGUCAGAAUACCGACAUUUGAAAUGCUGACAUGUCAAAAUGUGACAUUCUUUAUUAAGGAAUGUUGGCCCAAAAACAGACUUGUUCAUACUUUACCAUCCCAGUGGACCUGGAGGGGAAUAUAAUAGUGUUCCGAGCGCAGCGAGCCAAACGAGGGGACGCGGUACACUUACACGGUGUCCAUGUUGACCUUUGACGGCAUUUCGAAUGUUGUAUUCUGACUAUGUCGGCAUUUUGAACAUGUUGGCACUUGGCAUAAUGAAUGUUGAUAUUUUGACCGUCUGUGUAUUUUGACUGUCAAUGGCUGUCGGGAUUAUGACCGUCGGUAAAUCAUACUGAACCCGUUAUUUAUGUGUGGGUGGAUCAAUUAGUCCACGGUAAACUACCACAGAUAAUUGAAUCCCCCCAAAUAUAGACAGAUAAAAAUAAAUCCCUAAUAUAAUAUAUACAGAUGUGUCCUCAUACAUCUUGCCUCAAUACGCCAUGCAGCAGGAGAUGCCUGAUGCGAGUGAGCUGUCAGGUACCAUGCAAGUCCGCUAGCGUCGGCUGUCUUUUUAUUUUUGCUGAAAAUAGACAAAAUGUGAUGCAGCUAGGGAGUCUGAUUAAUUUGAUAUGCAAUAUUGGUAUAUCUGUGUGUGAGACUGAAUUGUAUAUAAAGCACAACAGAACUUGGGGGUAAUUCCAAGUUGAUCGCAGCAGGAAAUUUUUUUACAGUUGGGCAAAACCAUGUGCACUGCAGGGGAGGCAGAUAUAACAUGUGCAGAAAGAGUUAGAUUUGGGUGGGUUAUUUUGUUUCUGUGCAGGGUAAAUACUGGCUGCUUUAUUUUUACACUGCAAUUUAGAUUGCAGAUUUAACUCACCACACCCAAAUCUAACUCUCUCUGCACAUGUUAUAUCUGCCCCCCUGCACUGCACAUGGUUUUGCCCAACUGCUAAAAAAUUUCCUGCUGCGAUCAACUUGGAAUUACCCCCUUGGUUUGGAAAAAAAACACGGGCGCUGCACCGUAGCACUUCAUAUACAGAUUCAGAGACUCAGUCACACACAGAUGUACAAUUGUCACAUACCAAUUUAAUCAGUACAGUCUCCUGGGUACACAUCGUGCAUGACAAGGGGGGCCGGGAUUGGCAAGUACAUACAUACUUGCCGAUGCCGGGAACGAUGGCGGAGGCCAUGUUGCAUAUAGCAACAUGACCCUUUCUAGCGAUGUCUUCCGUCGGCCCUGCAUGCAGGAGCACGCAUCAUCAGCAACAUAGCAGGUACUGUACACAUUAGACCAGAGGUUCUCAAAUGCGGUCCUCAAGGCACCCCAACGGUCCAGGUUUUAAGUUUAGCCAUGCUUGGCUACAGGUGACUUAAUUACCACCUCACUCAAUUUGAUUUAACCAUCUGUGCUGAGCCAUGGAUAUACCUAAAUCCUGGACCGUUCGGGUGCCUUGAGGGCCGCGUUUGAGAACCUCUGCGCUAGACAAUGUGCCUGAUAUGUCGAUCUGAUCCGCUGGAUCAGACGACAUCAUCUAGUGUGUCUCACUGGACCUGAUGUGCCAAGAGGGGCUGAUUGGCGUGACUGCAGCAAAGAUGUAUAAGGACCCAUCUGUAUAUAUAUGUAGAGAGAAACAUUCAGGCACUCACCAGAAUAAAUGCAAAAAAACCAAAGACUGGAUUUAAUAACUCAUAAGAUACAUAAAGAAGUCAACGUUUCGGUCCCAUAAGGACCAUCUUCAGGACACAAUAACAAUAAAGUACAGUAACAGCAAACAUCACUCACUCUGUGCCAGCUUAUGCUAGGGCAAUACUGUAGACUGUAAGGUUACAUGCAGGGCCUUCUUGCCUGUUUGUUUAUUAGUACACAGUCUUGUUUUAUUACAAUGUAUGUCCUCAAUUGUAAUGACUGCAUAAUAUGUUUGCACUAUAUAAACAGAUGUUCUCAAACGUGAAUUUAUAUUUUUAUAUAGAUUUGUAACAAAAUCAUACCUGUGUAGAAAACUAGGAAUUAAUAAAUAUGUAUUUAUACAGUACAGUACACUCUGCAUAUUGUCUACAAACCAGUACUGUAGGAGUUAAUGCUGGAGCUCCAAGCUCUGUGUCCCUGAACAAACAGAUUAAUCAGAGCUCGUUAGGGGAAUAUCACACUAAUUAUACAUUUCAGCAAUAUCUGAUGUCACCACUAGAUGGUGGCAGAGACUCAGCUAGGUGCUUUGAAAACUGGCAAUCCCUUUGCUAGGUAAUCAUAUGAUAUGAAUGCAGUUACAUAAUCUUCCAUAAGCCAGCAAGAUUCAUCGUUGAGUUUAAAAAUAUACUGUACUGUAACAAUAUCCUCUUUUUAAUGCAAACUGUACAUAAAGUAGGAUGUGUUUAUCUGAUUCUGUUUUAAAAUAAACUGGGAACAGUUCAUGUACAUACAAGUAGGAAACUAUAUACUCUUUAAGCAUUAUUUUUGUUAAAUAAAACACUGUAAAUGUUUUAAUGCAACCCAUUGCCAGUGCCCUGUAUGCAUCAUGCUGAGGAGGCAGUGUAGAGCUGGGAUUUUAGGAUUCUGUGCUCCUCACACCCUUCAGGGCUCAGCUAGCUAAUUAGAGGAGCAGAAUGGAAAUUAAUUGGUGUAAAAUUCUGAGAUGCUUUUUGUGUUACAAAUAAUACACUACUUAGUGACUGACAUUGUUCAAGGACAUAUCAAUGUUUACUAAAAUGUUUGUCAUUACACUGAAAAACAUUGUUUUAUAUGUGCAGUUAUUUAUUAUAUGUGGCUGUUUUUUCUUGUUCUUAAUAAUAAUACUUAUAAUUA